CCGGUAAAAGCAUUCAUCUUAGAAUCUUGUGUACAUCUAGAAGAAUUUCUCUAUACCGGUACGCUACAUGUUGGACAGCAACUAACAGGCCGUUUCUGGGCCUAAUCAUACUCAAUCAACAUCACACCAGUAUGACACUUGUUAUACCAAGACUGGAUUUAUACGACUGAAUAUGAGGAGCUUCUUCAUUGGAAAGAUUUCUUACUGAUGUAGCAUGCAGGCAGAGUAGAUCUCACAUGCAUCCAUUUCAAGACAAUAUCGAAGGAUUGUAUAAAAGGGGCAACGAUUUCCUCACGAUGCCAACUUUUUAUGCCACGCAGCUGAUGAUAAACAGGAGGUGACCAAGACACAAUGGGGGAUGGACUCAUCAGAAACAUACUGGCGGCAUGUUGCCUUGUCUCUUGUUUCCGAAUCCUCCUCGUCCUGGUGUACUUAGCCCCUGACAGCAACCCACCGGAUCACCACCCACUGGGUUAUACCAUCAUCAGGAAGGAGUACUCAGUAGCUCCUGCGCGUGUUGACACGGGAAAUGUCAGUUUUGAAGGUUUCCAUGACGACAGUGAUGAUGCGCGCCGGAAGAUGGUGGAGGAAGGACAAGAAAUUGCACGCCAAAGACGGGCUGAUUACGACGAUGGGUUGGUAGUUGACGUCGAGGGGGUACCGGUGGCCGAAGUAUCGCAGAACUUUGAUCUGAUGCCGGCGGGAGGAUGUCCAGACAACGGCAGAGGAAUCUUCCUUCUAACCCUUGUCCACUCGUUACCGCCACACUUUGAGCAGAGGCAGGCGAUACGGGAGACGUGGGCGAGGAAUGCAUCAAACGGCGCUGGUGCGCGCGUGGCUGUCCUGUUCAUUGCACCUGGCAUCAGUCCUAGGCCAGAUGUAAUGACUGGUUUACAGAAAGAAGCAGCCAGGUAUGAUGACGUCAUCCAUAGUGUUGCCGGAGAUUCUUUGAGUACGUUUCGACCAUCAUCCAAAGUCCUUCUCUCAAUGAUGGGGUGGACACUCAACUACUGCAUCAAUGCUAAAUUUGUGCUAUUUGCCCAUGAAGAGCUGUUUGUUAACUUUCAUCAUGUGGUAUCACGUCUCAAGCUUGUAACUCCUAAACCAUUCAGAUCGUUCUCCAUUGGUAGGGUCAAGAAACUCGCCAAAGUGGAGCGAGAUGCCGUUAAGUGGGAUUAUGUAUCAGAGUCCGUGUACCCUAAAGAAACAUACCCACACUAUUGUGUAGGAGGAGCGGGCUUUGUGAUGUCCAUACCUUUUAUUCGACAGGUACAUCCUAGAGCUGUGCAAUUCAACAGAGAGGUAAACGUGUUCCCGGCUAGUGAUGUUAUGUUAGGGAUCAUAACAAGUCAACUCAAGGCAGAGCCGCGGUACCACGAAGAGUUCCACAAGUCUGGUGGAGAAGCGAACUACUGUGACCUUCAAGAUACCCUUACGCUUGGUGACUUUAACACACCAAAACUGAUGCGAGGCGCUUGGAGGAACCACACAGACAAGAUGGACUACUGUCCUAGUCCAGUACCAAAUGCCACCGAAAUCACCUGGUGGACUAAAGAUGUUGAUUAUCACCAAUAUUUUAACAACAUAUUCCAGUUCAUUCAUAAACCAAAAUUGUUUUGCGAAAUUAAAAAUAUUACAUUGCUGGCGUUAGUGAGCACCCACCCUCAUAAUGCAAACCUUAGGAAUGCCAUACGAGUUACCUGGGGUCAUCCAGAGUAUACUGCUGCAAUGAAAGUAAAAGUUCUAUUUGUUCUCGGUAGAGCAGCAGUCGAGACACCAGAAACCAUCGACCUCAUUCAGAAGGAAUCGGACAAAUUUGGGGAUAUCAUCCAGGCAAAUUUUGUAGAAUCCUUCCAUAAUCUAACGUUGAAGGUCAUCCUUGGACUGCGCUGGGUGUCCACUGAAUGUUCAUCUGCCAAGUUCAUCUACAAAGGAGACGACGACAUGUUGGUCAACUUUGAGCAUAUGACCGGGUAUCUGGACCAGCUUCCGGUAUUCCAAACGCAGAAUCUUUUCAUGGGGAACCUCAUGACAAUGAGCCCCGCCCUUAGAAUGCCCUCCAAGUACCAAGUCCACAGGGAAGUCUAUCCAUUCAAGUAUUUCCUGCCGUACUUCUCAGGAGGUGGCUACAUCAUGUCUGGUUCCACGGUGCAGAAGAUGUCCCGCAUGGCAGAGACCACAAAGUUGAUCCCUAUAGACGAUGCCUACGCGGGAAUACUGGCCUACCGCUCGGGUGUCUCUCUGAUGCACGCUGGUGGGUUUAUCGUUGGAGGGAGUAAGCGUGAUGCUUGUCGGCUGCGGAAAGCUUUCAACAUGCACGGGUUCAAACGGCCUACAAUUUUCAUAGGAACAUGGAAGACGUUCCGUGAUCCUAAAACCAAAUGCCAAGAGGACAACCAGAAGAAAAAUUGGGCUCAUAUAGCUUGAUGAUGUCAUGUGAUGUGCAAUUUAGGAUCCAAAUGAAGUACUUGAAAUUAUGAUAUGCAAACAGAGUAUGCUGUUUAUGUUAUGUAUUUAAAUCACGUGCUUUCCAAACAAAGAUGCCCACGACAACUUCAAAAAAUGUCAGAAGUUUGUCAGAAUCAUUGUCUGCAUCCUGCUUUUUUUUUUUUUUACUUCUGAAACAAAAACGGAUGACUGCAACAGUUCAGCAAGAGGCAGUUUCGGGAAGAGGCGUUCCUUAAUAUUAUUAUUUUCGUUAAUAGCCUUGAUUGUGUUCCUUAAAUCAUUAGUACAAAUGGGCUGAUAAAGAUUUGAGUUCAGCUGUUUUGUGACAUUUUAGAAGAAAUUUUAAAAUACAUUUUUAUGUUCGCCGCAUGUAACCCUAAUGCUGACAAAAUAAUAUAGUUUCAUUCCAGUAUAUAAUCAUGAUUUCCAACAAAUGGAAUCCGUAUAGGUAGAACCAUGAUUAGGUAGAACCAAACAUUUCAAAAUGCCUCGAGAGUCGAGGCUUUGCUCUUUUUAAUUUUUUUUAAAUUCUUGAACAACCACCUUCUGGAUUGCCACCCCAGACAACUAACCCCAGACAACUACCCCCGGACAGCUAACCCCGGACAAUUACCCCAGACAGUUACCCAUGAGGUAAAUUACCACAGAGGAAAACUCCCCGCCAUAGGGCAAUAAACCCUGGAUUAUUCCCCAGUAUGUUAUUAUUUGACAAGCAGGUUAUCAUUUAGGGGUAGUUGUCUGGGAAUAAAAUGUCCUAGGAGUUGGGGAUCAGUUGUUCCAAGGGAAGUCGUCUGGGGAAAGUACUGUUGUCCAGAGAUAGCUGUACGGGAAGUUGUAGUUCGCGGGAUACUGGCUUGUCCGGCUCUUUUUUAUAAGCACUCGAUCUCUCUUUUUAACUUGGCCUCUAUAGACGAUUCGUUUUUCAUUUAUUGGUCUGCCGAAGGUUAUCUGGUCCAAGUUUUAAACUGUUUCUCGUUUAUUUUUUAACAAGGGAGCAUUUCAAGAGCAAUUCUUGUAAAGUUAAAUCGCUGUAUACUUUGUGCAAAUGCAAAAGAAGAUAUUGCUCACGAAUAUCGAUCGUACCUUUGCCAGUACGUAGAACGUCUUAUAACAUUGUUAACCCUUAGGACAUCAUUAUGAAUCAUAAUUCAUAUGCAUGAUUAAAUUUUGUAUUUAUGUUAUGUAAGUAAAAGAACAGAACUGUCAACUGGAAAAUAAUAAGAGAUUAAAAUGUUACAUUAAUCCGACUUUGAUUCUCUCUCUAUCUCUCCUUUAAAAAAUAGUUUUACUGUAUUAUUCUUAUUAUAGACAUUUUUUUUAUGAGUUAUCUGCUUGAACAAAAAUAGAGAUCAGUAUAGAUCUUUCAUGAAGUAGCUGCAUUCAACUCGAGAUCCUCAUGCAAAACCACAAACGCUUUGGUAAUGUUUUUAAAGAUAUAACAAUUAAUUAUAA